AUGUCGAAGAAACCAAGUUCGCAAGUUCCGGAGGUCAGCGGCGCUGUUUCUUACAACGAUGUUCUUAUGGACGAGAAUAAGCGAAAAGAGAUGUUCGAGAGCAAAACAGACGACUCGAAUAAAAAAUUCUCCGAGGAAUUUAUAAAAGUGUUGCUCAGCUGUAAAGGGAUUUCGAAAACCGUCAGGACGAUGGAUAUUUUAAGAUUGACCUACAUUUGUAAAAAGAUCUUCGAGUCUCAAGGUCGUCUCAUUGAAAUCGAUGGUCCUGUGCGCAUUUGUGGGGAUCUACACGGCCAAUUUCCAGACUUGAUUCGACUAUUUGCCCAAAAAAUGAUGGAUGUGAUGCCUAUCGUUGGGCUGAUCGGAGGACGUAUCCUUUGUAUGCAUGGUGGUCUCUCAAAAGGAUUCAAGACGCUUGACGAUCUUCGGAAUUUGAGAUGCUCAUUCAAUCUGGAAGAAGAGUGCCUGGAAAACGACCUAAUGUGGUCUGAUCCUGGAAACGUUAAAGGUUGGGAGCCGAAUGCACGUGGUGCCAGUGUAAUGUUUGGAGAAGACGUGGUCCAUGAGUACUGUAAGAUGCUAGACAUUGAUUUGAUUGUUAGAGGACACCAGGUGGUACAAGACGGUUUUGAGCUGUUUGGCAACAAGAAACUUGUGACAGUAUUCUCUGCUCCACACUAUAUGGGAACAUUCACAAAUUCGGCAGCCAUGUGUAAAGUGUCCGCUGGAUUGGAGAUUUCUUUUGAAGUUUUGAUACCGGAGGAUAUCAAAAUUCAAGAACGAAAACCGGCGGCCGAGGCAACAGCUGCUGAGCCAACAGAGAACUAA